GGCCAUCCUCGUGCUGGCUGCGCCCUCUCUUCCCCCCCUGCCUCCCACCUUCCUACAGCUAGCCACACUAUAUCUCAUCUCCCCGUCGCGGACUACCUACUCGGCUGGCGGCCAUACCUCUAGUUUAUACCCCGGAUCCCCUUACUUUGCGCGCGCUAGUAGUAGUACGCCGCCUGCCGCCAUCUCCCGGCCUCGUCCGUUAGACUAGUCGCCGGCGCCAUAUGGAGGACUACGGCGGCGUGGCGAGCCUGGUGGCGUCCGGGGUGGUGUUCUGGUCGACGGCGUUCCUGCUGCUGCGGGCGCUGCUCCCCAAGCGCUCCUACGACUUCUGCAACCGCGCGGUCUCCACCAUGCACGCCGUCACCGGCGUCGCCCUCGGCUGCCUCUCCGUGCAGGACUGGGCCUCCCCCGUCUCCCCCGUCGCCUCACCCUCCUCGCCGCGCCAGAUGAGGGCGCUGGCGGUGACGCUGUCGUACAUGAUCUACGACGGGGCUUGCUGCCACCUGAGCGGCGACGCGCGGCUGGACAACGCCCUGCACCACCUCAUCAGCAUCGUCGGCCUCGCCGCCGGCCUCGCCUACCAGAGGUGUGGGACGGAGCUGGUGGCGUGCCUGCUCGUCACGGAGAUCUCCAGCCCGCUGCUGCACCUCAGGGAGAUGCUCAAGGAGCUCGGCGUAAAGGACACAGACCUCAACCUCCUCGUCGACAUCCUGUUCGCGGUGACCUUCUCGGUGGCAAGGAUGGUUUGUGGGACGUACGUCACCUACCGCACUGUGACGGCUGACAACCCCAUCCUCAUCAAGACGAUGGCGACGAGCUUGCUGCUGGUGAGCGCCUACUGGUUCUUGAGGAUCCUCAGGAUGGUCAGGCACAAGAUUGGGAAGAAGAGGCUGGCGUCCAAAGCCGCCGGCAAGGGAUCUAUGUGAUGCCACAAGUGGUGUCUCGCCGCAAUUAUUGUUGAAAAUGCACAUCAUGUACUAGUAGUACGUACUAUCUAGCACAUUAAUCGUGUGGUGGGUAAAGGAUGAUGUCCCAAGCAUGAGAUGCAUGUAUUCUGGCAAUUUUCAUUUUAUUAAUGUGCAUGAACUGUUGAUGUCA